AUGGCACGCUGUUUCAGUUGUGGCCGUAUUGGGCAUUAUAGCUCUACGCGCCACGUCGCUUUGCUAAAAGAACCUCGCAAGCCAAAAAAAAAAAAAAAAGAACACGAUCCCAACCCACGAUUGCGAACACGGCAGGGGAAACACGCGGAUCCCAUGGAACUCCCGCGAAGCGCGGCGCGAUAUCUAGGCUAUAGGGCCGAAACACCCAACAACCCCGCCCACCUAAGAUCAUUGAUGCAAGACAUUUGGAAAAAUUGGCAGCGGAAAAAUGGACCUCACCAGAAUGCGCAAAACGAGAUUUUGGCAUCCUUUUUAAAGGAGACAGCAUGCCACAGAAAUCGAAUCGAAUUUUGGCGGCGGCGAAAGAAGAAGAACGAUUACCAUUGCAACAAACGGACGAAGGAACACUGCCCACCAGAUGGAUCGGAAAACGGCCAAACUGCAGCGCCAGGGGGCCGUAGGGCCGAGGCGUGGAAUAUAAUGCAUGGAAACGCGAAACGCAUUUCAAGGAACGUGAAUCCAAUGGUCCCGUUUAAGGUGGCGCAGGGGAAACUGUCAGGGCAGAGAAGGCGAUCCAUUGCGUGGGUGAGGGAAAGAAGGCCCAGGAUGAAUACGAGGCCGAUGUUUCUUUAUGCCACGUUUCCCGGUGCCAGGGCGCAGUAUGCGACAAAACCGCAACGUUAUUUGAUUUAG